GACCGGGUUGCGAAAAGCCCGUGUGACGGAAACUGGACGAGCUUCGGCUCUCCUUCCGCUACCAUCCAUCUCCCUCCCUCUCCACCGCCCACCGCCGGGCCUCCACGGCUGCCGGACCGCCGUCGAAACUGGCAUUCCACUGCCUCAGGUCAUUUCCUACCUGGAAUCUGGUGUGGCUAUUGCUGUUGUUGAUCCGGUCGUAUACUUACUGACAGUAAAGUUGAAAUCUUUAUUCAUUGGAGCACUUUUCUGCAAGUUUUAUUGCUAUAUUGAGGUCAGUCCUGGAAAAAAAUCGAGCUUUCUGAUUGCAAAUGCCAAGAAUUCGAUUGCUUUUAUUGGGUGUUGCAGUAUUGCUUUUUGUUUAGAAUGGCCUACUGUCGCCGAACUCUUAUGGCAUGUUUGCAGUUUGGAGCUAUAAAUCAAAGAAGUUCGGUUCUUUAUGAGCUUUUUAAUGGCUUCUGUACUUAUUCGCCGGAGCUGCCUGAUUGGUUUAAGUUCCCGCAGGCCGAGCAGUCUUGUGUGGAUUCUGACGAUGAUUUUGUGCUCCCAACCAAAUUAGAGUUUUUGGAAGAUAGUGUGAGUAAUAGGACUCAUGAUUGCAGAACUGAUGUUAAAGUUGCAUGUCAUGAUAGCAAAAAUGUUGAUCUUGAUGGUAUUAGUAGGAUUUUGAAGUCUAAGUAUGCAUCUCCUGAGGCGGUCUUUGUAGCACUUGAUCAUUGCUCUGUCAAGAUCUCCGAAGGUUUUGUCAAUAAAAUUUUGAGGAGGUUUAACAAUGACUGGGUUCCAGCUUUUGGUUUCUUCAUGUGGGCUGGUGCUCAAAUUGGCUACAAACAUUCUUCUGAUUCGUAUGAUGUGAUGGUUGACAUUUUAGGAAAAUCAAAGCAAUUUGAUGUGAUGUGGGGAUUGAUUGAUGAGAUGGUUCAGCUUGGGGGUUUGGUCUCACUAACAACUAUGACAAAAGUGAUGAGAAGGCUUGCCGGAGCCUGCAGAUGGAAUGAAGCCAUAAAGAUGUUUCAUGACAUAGAGAAAUUUGGUGUUAAGAAAGAUACUUUAGCCAUGAACAUACUGUUGGAUGCCUUAUGUAAGGAGAGGAGUAUUAAGCAUGCGAUACAUGCCUUUCUGGAGCUGAGGAAUGAGAUACCUCCUAAUGCGAGUAGUUUUAAUGUUAUAAUUCAUGGGUGGUGCAAAGCACGAAAAUUAGAAGAGGCAUGGCAGACUAUGGAGGAAAUGAGAAAAUUUGGUUUUAAUCCUUGUGUGGUUACAUAUACUAGUCUGAUUGAAGCGUAUUGUAUGGAGAAAAAUUUCAGGAUGGUUGAUGCUAUUCUUGAUGAGAUGCAUGCCCAUGGAUGUACUCCAAACGUUGUGACUUAUACUAUCAUAAUGCAUGCUUUAGGGAAGGCAAAAGAAACCCAUGAAGCUUUGAAGGUUUGUGACAAGAUGAGGAGAGAUGGUUGCACACCUGAUACUUCAUUCUAUAACUCUUUAAUUUAUAUAGUAGGUAGAGCAGGACGACUACGUGAUGCCAAUGACAUAUAUGAGGAGAUGUGCAAGAAUGGAAUCUCUCCAAAUGUAAAUACCUACAAUACGUUGAUUUCAGCUGCCUGUGAUCACUCCCAAGAAGAGAGUGCUUUGAAGCUACUUCUGAAAAUGGAAGAAAGCUCAUGCAAGCCCAACAUUAAGACCUACAUCCCUUUACUGAAACUAUGUUGUAAGAAAAAAUGGACGAAACUCCUCUUGUAUUUGUUGGCAUAUAUGUGUAAAAAGGAUGUUAGCCUUGACCUGAGCACCUAUACUCUUUUAGUACAUGGCCUAUGUCAGAAUGGAAAAUUGGAUCAGGCAUGCCUGUUUUUUGAGGAAAUGGUGUCAAAAGGUUUUAUUCCUAAAGAAAACACAUACAAUAUUAUAAUCAAGGCGCUUGAAAGGGGGAAUAUGGAAAGAGUGAAGGCAAAGGUUCAACAAUUGAUGGUGCAGGCACAAAGCACAAAACAACCUGGUUAUCAGUUUAUGGCUGACUAUCAGAUUGGAUGAAGACCAAUUUAAUUGCCAUGAUAGAUUUCUCUGGUGUGCAAAAAAUGUGGAAGGCCCGCCUCAGGGGUACAGUUAUACCCUGUCUCUUCUGAUGACUCUUCAUACUCAGAUUCUGAUGAUGAUGAAAUGGCUAGUUCGAAGCAUAGAAACAGUAAUGGAGGUUCUCAACCAUCAAGAGGUAUCAUGCCAAAGGGUUUGACUUCAUGGUGCUUGGAUCUUUUUCUUGCAGCUUGUGAAAUGGUCCUUUUUGCUUGUUUGUGAAUUUAAGUUUUGUUAUUUUUUAGAAGAACAGCAACUUUUCUCUGGUUUUACAAGUUACUCAACAAGAAGAUAAAUGAUAGAGAACAUCAAAUUAGUUAACAGAUGGACAGGUGCUUGUUAUUGUUUAUGUUGUGGUAUCCUCUUUUGUAAUUGUUGUAGUAUUUUAGUUUAGAGGCCUCUAGUAUUACAAAGUGACACGCUGGACUAUUCUGCAUUGGAACAAAAAUUUUAGUUUAAUCUAGUAUUAUAAGUGCAAAGAAGAUACCAUCAAUGGAAAAAGGGGAAAAAGAUAGAAAGAAGGAAAUAAAUAAAAAUAAAGGUUUUAAUGCCCAGGUGGUACACAAGGAGAUGCCCUACAAUGAAAAGAACAAAAAAAAAUAAAAAUCUAGAAGGGUCAAAGCAAGAUCACAAGAAAGGCAAACUUUAAGAAGAAGAAGCCUCAGGGACAUGCCCUUUUUUGAUUGACUAGAUUAUUAAUCCUGUUAAUGCAACCUCUUCUUAAUAGCUUGCAUGUAUGCUGUAGUGUUAUGCAAUUGAUAUUUCAUGCAUACAUGCAUAUGUACAUGCACGGUUCUUGUAUUGGGAUUCUGUUACAACUUGGAAAUUAACGAAGCUAAGAGUUUAUAGGAAAAAUGGCUUCUGCAUUUCAAGUCUGGGUAAGGAUCAUGUGUAUCCUGAAUUAUUGGAUUUUUAACAGUUACAGAGAAAAAAAAAGACUAGGAAAUUGAGGAUGCAGGAUUGUACCUUGGUUAUAUGGAUUCAACAUUUAAGACUUACAACAAUUGUUGGAGAGUUAGAAUCUAGGGCUAGGUUAGGCUCAAUUAACUUUUCAGAUUUUACCUCAGUUAAAAAUAAUAAAAGAAAGGCAGGAAUAAUGAGGAUAAGAUCAAGAGGAAACUAAGAAGCAUGAAAGGCAAGGGAAUACUGAAAAGCAUAGACCUAUCUGUUGUUCAAGUGGUGAAACAAAGCAGCCUACCUAUAUUAUUUUCUUUGUGUUGAGUCCAAGCCAAAAGCUUAAGCUAUAAGGUAGCUGGGCCCAUAAGUAUAUGAGACCAGCUAGAGUCCCUAACCUAUUGAAUGAAGGACCAUUUCUUAACACCCCCUCUCACAUGUAGAGCCCAAGGGACGAAACCUGAAGAACAGUGACAUGCAUUAGUAAGUCAGAGAAUGAAAAAUUUGUAGGGUAGAGGGAUAGCUGGCUCUAAUAUCAUGUUAAAAUCAAAAUAAAAAAAAAUGUUUGUACCAUUAGGUGGAUGAGCCUCUGAAUACAUAAGACCAACUAGAGCACCUACUCCGUAACCUAUCCGAUGUAGGACCAUUUCUUAACACUUUGAAGGAGCUAGCUUUUCCUAACUUCACUUUAUUUUGACAUAAUAAGAAUUUUAGUACAUAAAAGAAAGAUGAAAGAUAUCUUGCGACUGCAUUCUAACUGAAAAACAAAAAAAGGAAAGAAUAUAUAUGCAAAGCAACCCUUCUUCCAUUAGUUACUGUUAAUAUUAUUUUGCAACUUUCCGUGCUUAGGCAUCUCUCUUGUAAUACUGAGAUCCUCUCCAAGAAGAAUGAAGAAAGGAGAUGUGUCAUGCCUCAUAAAAAGAUCUUUGAACAUCUCAUAAUAGGCCGCCAUAUCAAGGUGUUAAAUACAGUGGGAUGGUGGGGCAUCCCACUGUCCCAAGUGUCGAGGACGGGGCAUUGUUCUGAGUGCCGGGACUGGGCACCAUCCUGAGCAUUGGGAUGGGACGAGUCUUGGUAAUGGACCGGGAUGAGACGGGACAUCCACCAUCCUGAUUGUCAAGACACAGGGCAUCCUAUUCCACAGAAAAUCAGGAUGGCCCUGUCCAAUGGUUUUUUAAAACCUUUGAGCUAGAUUUGAUCCCUGUUUUAUUGAAAGAUCAGAAGAUACACAAAAUCAUAGAACCAAGGCUUUAAUGACAACCAGCAGUGACUAUGAAUCAAUUGUUCUGGACCUUAAGUUGGUGCUAAAACAGGCUUAGUUGCUGCUGUAAAAUCUGUCAUGUAAAGGCUCAAAAAACCAAAAUUCAAAUUGUGUCCAAAUUAUAUCCAAAACAUGGUGUAAAAGUUACUUCUGCAAUGAUAGUUAUAAGUUAUAACUAUUCUACUCUGCUGGUUUCAACUUGAUGCCACUUUGGCUUUUUUAUGUUUUUCUUCCUUGCUUUUUCUUCCACUAGUGUCCAUUAUACAUCACCAACCUUCCUUUACUGGUUUUGGAGCAUUUUGUUGAGCUUUCGAGAGAACUCUUCUUUAUACCACUUGACCGACAAUUCAACUUGUUGACAUUACCUGUAAUUUCAUAAUGUGAAAUCAGUUUGUUGAUGUUUUUUCCUUAUAACUAAAGGCAUAUAUGGUCGUUGGUCAUUACAUAAGUCCAUCACUGUUAUUGAAAGUUUUUCUUUCUCUAUUUGUAACAUAUUCCUAUCUACUUAGAAGUGACUUUUCAUUUCUGCCUAUUUCUCCUUUUAGCUCCAUUUGUCUGGGAGUUUUCAUUGAUUUUCUUCCUCUUACAUGUGCAUGCAUGCAAUUUUUCUUUUUUUGCUUUUUGGUGUGUGUGUCCCGGGGGGGGGGGGGGUGGAGGAUGAAUCAUUAGGACCAAGGGUUGCCUUACCGAUCAAUGUCGUACCAUACCUAGCAUACUAUACUAUACCGAUACCAACCAGUAUGCAGUCUCAUACCAUACCAAUACUUGAUAUGCCUCGCCGUCUCAUAUCUUACCACGUGCCGACGCUGUAAUAGGAUGGUACCCAUAUGGGACUGAGACGGCGAACCUUCAUUAGCUCCUUUUGCCUUCAGCUUUUUAUUGAGAAUGCUCAUGUCUCUAUGCUCAUUUUAGGGAUUUGGGUGUGCCUUCACUAUUUCAUAGUUCUUUAGUAGCUUACGUCUUGGUUAAACUAGGAACCCCUUUUCCUCCUUGAAACCCAAUUCCUCAAUGUAAGCGAUUACUUUGGUGUUAUUUAUCACCAUACAUGUCCAUCUCAAGGCUUGAAACAUGCAAAGACAUAAACAAUUGGAAUUUGGAGCUCACCACUUUCUUCUGAUCUUUCUUGUUGGCAAAGUAGUAUAUAUGUUUCCUAUGCAUUUGUAUAUGACAUGCUCAUUUAAAAAUAAACUGGAUAUUUUUUACGAGUAUUUUUAGUUAUAAUGUAUUCUUCUAGGGUGGCAUGAGGACUUAAAGAGAGUGACCAAAAUCAAAUUGAGGUUUGUGAAUGAAAAUAUAAUGCUUAAAGAACUCGCCAAGGAUAAGUUCUCCAUGUGCUUGUCUUCCCAUGACCCACAGGAUUCUUCUGUGGUGCAUCAUUACAUCAUUCUCCAUAUAGAGUACAUUAUUGGAAAGAACAGUCUCAAGCUGUCUUCUUGGGAGGAGAAAUGCUUUUCAUGCUUAAGAAUCAUUUUCUUAUGAAGCUUCUGCUAUUUUCUUGACAUUCUUGGUCUUUCUUUAGAAUGUCUAAAUGGAGAUUGCUGAAAAGCUGGAAGAAAUCCAAAGGAACUUGGACAAGGAAUUGACGGUGCUAGCUAGCAUUUCUUGAUGUAGCUUACCUGUUUAUUCCCAUAACAAUAUAUGUUGCAUUGAUAGCUGGAGAUUCAUGAUGUGCGCCUCGUUUUGGAGUGUCAUUUAAAAUUGGGAAGAAAUUAAUGCAUUUGGGCAUUCGGCCUUUAAUGAAGAAUGUGGGGAGGAAGAAUAAGCUUAAAUUACUCUUUCUAGUAAAGGUCAUUUUAGAGUGGUGAAAAAGGAUUUUUCUAAAGCUUGUAGGUCUACUAUGUCAAAAAAGUGGUAAGGAUUUUCUUGAAGGCUGUAGGCCUAUGGCAUGAAAAAGGGUCUACUUUUAGAGCAAAGAUGUAAUUCUCUUUUUACAACUUCAAGGGCUUAUGGGUAGACGACAUAUCAUCUUUUGAUAGCUUGAAGAUGCUAAAACUAUUUGGAUUUACUUCCGACAUUGGUCAUGGUACUUUAUGUUACAAUGCUUGCUUAGAAGUUAUUGUUAGCUGGUAUGAUAAUCUGACUAUAAAUUAGACUUAAAAUUAUUGAAAAAGUUCAAAAAGAGCAAUUACUAAUUAAAUAUUCUUGAAAACUAAAAAAAUAGGCAUGUCGAUAUAGAACCGGCACGCCCUACUUGUAUCGAUAUUGGUUCGGUACCGAACCGUACCGGCCAUCGACGGGUAUGGGUCCCGAUACCAGUUCGGCGGACCUUGCAAUAGAUAGAUUCACUUAGAUAACCUGUAGCUUCAUUACAAAUCCAAAGACAAGCAUGGCUACUUUCAAGUAAGUAGUAAAGCUGUUCGGUUUUCAAAGGCUAGAAAUUUGAACAUAGUGCUUACGAGGAUCCUCGUAGCCCUUACCAACAACAGAUAGAUUUACUUAGAUGAGCUGAAGCUUCACUACAAAUCCAAAAACAAGCAUGGCUACUUUCAAGCAACUAGGUACCCAGUUCAGUUUUCAAAGUGCUGAUAGCUAGAACGAAAGGUUGUUUCAGGCUAUGGGCUAUCAGCAGUUCUAUUUGUCAUUGAUUUAGGUGGACCAAUGAGCUUGUAAUGAAAGUUUCCCGUGCAUUACAAAUUAACAUCAGCCCCUUUAGGCCCUCUUUAGUUGCCAAGAAAGUUGGAGGAAAAAAGUUUAUGCUGGACUGUCUUUUUUCCAUUGUUUUAUUAUCAAGUGGGGAAAAAGAGAUUUUCAAGAAGAAAAAUGAAGCAUAAAUUUUCCUUUGCCGCUACAUUUUCCUCUCCAAGGGGUGGUAUUGUUGGGAGAAAACUCCGGAAGACCACUUUUCUUGAGCAGUUUUAAUAAGAUUAUAACAUCAUCACUCUAAAAAAAUUGAGCCUUUCCUCUACAACUCUCUGUUUCAUUCUCUCUUUUCCUUUCUUACUCCUAGGAAAAUUGACCCUUUGAUUUUCUUGACCUAUUCAGUUUUAAUUAAAAUAAAUCUUUGCUUUUCUUUUCUUCUCUUUUCCACCAGUGCAAAUUUUGUUUUCCUCACACUCUCACAGCAAUUACUAUGAGGUCAACUCUCCAUGUUUUUUCCGCUUUCUAAGGGACUCAUCUAAACUGACAACUAUUUUGCAUUUAGACUCUUAGAAAUUGCAAUUGAUCUGGUGUUCCCAGGAGUUCUCCUUUUUAUGUCCCAAAUGCUGCAGGUGCACCAAUCAAGGCAGAGAUGUUUCAAGAGUAGAUGAAGCAAACCCCAAUUCCUGCUCUCUGGGAGUCUGUGAUGCCAGUUGCAUCAUUGCAAGCACUGGCCAAAUCGGUGAAGCAGUUGUAUUGGCAGUCAUCACACUAUCUCACCAACAUCCUCCUGAAACAGUGGGACCAAUUUAGAGUCAGGAGUGAUGAUGAACACCAGUCAUUGCAUACCAUCUUCCAUCCUCCCAAAGCUGAAGCUAUCAUUUGAGUUAUGGAAGAGGUCCACAAGCUUACCUCCUUCCCUCACCAUUAGCUGACUGUGGGCUUCUGAUCCCAUGUAUUACACCUAUGUUGGCCCCAUCUUCCCAUGAAUUCGGCUCCCCAUCGCUGAAACACCUUCCAUGCUUGUGCUUUAACAUCAAAGACGAGUUUCUUUCUACUGUUGUAUCAUUUUAUUACUUUUUUUCUUAACUGUCUUUAUGCUUUAUUCUUGUAAAUAUCUGGUUCUGGAUUGGAGUAAUGAAUUGGAGAGGGGUUUUUCAUUGAA